ACAACCAAACACUUUGCACGGCUUGGUGCGUAAGGAUAUCAGAAACGUCGCUGUAUAUUUUGUCCAAUUUAACUAUAAAUGCAAUGGAGCUACGAUCAGGUAUUACAAAUAGAAUAGAACUAAGGUUUAUUUAUUUUAUUUCAUUGCAUUUUUUUGUCUCGCUCCGUGCAGUGAAACCACGCAUGUGUUGAUCUGUGCUGCAGUAACGUGCAUCAGUUCCUCUUUGACCUUAGAGAUAAUCUGCAUUCAGACCGAAGCUCCGAGAUAUUUGCUAGCUGCUGGAUUUUAAGGUUUUCCUGGGCGGCUGCGUUUAUGUAAUUUGUGUGAUGAUUUCUUAAGAUCUGGGAAGCUUGCUUUGAUUUGAUGAGUUCUGACUGCUGCAUAGCUGCAGAUCUCAUAUCGAACACAGAAUACGAAUACGACGUGCUAUGUGUGUAAUGUAUCACAGUGAAGGUACACAGUAAAUACAGGGACACAUCCGUCUGCAAUAAAGAAAGGGGGAAAAGAAGAUGGUGAUCAUGGCUCCUCCAAAUUUAACAUCCAAAUGCUCGACUGCGCUGGCGAAGCCUGUUUAUUCUUUAAGAAUGAUUCUGUGGUCCUUUCUAAUUGCUAAUCUUCCAACGAGCUCUCUACAAAAAGAAGAUGAUGACUAUGAAGAUUUCUCAUCAAACAAAACCUGGGUGUUGACUCCAAAGGUUUAUGAGAGUGAUGUCACUCACAUUUUAAAUAGCUUGCUGGAUGGAUAUGACAACAAGCUGAGACCAGAUAUAGGAGUCAAACCAACUAUCAUUCAAACAGACAUGUAUGUGAAUAGCAUUGGUCCUGUGAAUGCUAUAAAUAUGGAAUAUACAAUUGAUAUAUUUUUUGCACAAACCUGGUAUGAUAGACGUUUGAAAUUCAAUAGCACGAUGAAGGUGCUCCGGCUUAACAGUAAUAUGGUGGGCAAGAUUUGGAUCCCUGACACCUUCUUUCGGAACUCAAAAAAGGCAGAUGCUCAUUGGAUAACAACACCCAAUCGAAUGCUUAGGAUCUGGAACGAUGGGAGGAUACUGUAUACACUAAGGUUAACUAUUGAUGCUGAGUGCCAGUUAAAACUGAACAAUUUCCCCAUGGAUGAGCAUUCCUGUCCUCUGGAGUUCUCAAGCUAUGGCUAUCCAAGAGAAGAGAUUAUCUACCAGUGGAAGAGGAGCUCUGUUGAGAUUGGAGACACUCGAUCAUGGAGGCUUUACCAAUUCUCCUUUGUUGGCCUGAGAAAUACAACUGAGGUUGUGAAGACAACAUCAGGAGAUUAUGUGGUGAUGACAGUCUUCUUUGAACUAAGCAGGAGGAUGGGGUAUUUUACAAUUCAAACCUACAUUCCCUGCACUCUGAUUGUUGUGCUGUCCUGGGUGUCUUUCUGGAUUAAUAAGGAUGCAGUGCCUGCCAGAACAUCCUUAGGAAUCACAACUGUCCUGACAAUGACCACACUGAGUACAAUUGCCCGUAAAUCCCUUCCCAAAGUUUCCUAUGUGACUGCGAUGGAUUUGUUUGUCUCUGUUUGCUUUCUUUUCGUUUUCGCUGCUCUGAUUGAAUACGGGACCUUGCACUACUUUAUCAGCAACAGGAAACCGAGCAAACCGGGCAAGAAGAGGAAAAAUCCUCUCCUUCGGCUGUUUUCUUCAAAGACGCCCACUGUUGAUAUUCGACCACGCUCUGCCACAGCCAUUCAGAUGAACAAUGCCACGCACCUUCAGGAGAGAGAUGAGGAGUACGGGUACGAGUGUCUGGAUGGCAAGGACUGCUCCAGCUUCUUCUGCUGUUUUGAAGACUGCCGAUCAGGGGCAUGGCGGCACGGUCGAAUACACAUCCGCGUCUCCAAAAUUGACUCCUAUGCCCGCAUCUUCUUCCCUACUGCCUUUGGUUUGUUUAACCUAGUAUACUGGAUCUCGUAUCUCUAUCUUUAGGGUAAUAGAUGUAGCUGGCCUUAAUAUCAAAAUCCACUUGCAAGACCAUAUCUUUUUUGACCCCUUGUAUUGAUCUUAUUAUUAUUAUUAUUUUUGUAUUAUUAUUUUCCUAGUCUUAGUUUAGAUCGAACAAAAAUGUGUAGCAAAUUUCCAAAAGGAGCUGAAUUCUGUACAGAUGCAGCUAGACUGUAACAUUGUCUCAUUGAUACCUUCAUGGCUAGGACAGGUACAGAUUGACGAGACACAGUCAGAUGCUGUAACCUAAAUCCAGUGCUUGUGAAUGCAGCUCAGGAAGGUAUAGAGUCAGGCUUUCUCAUGCACGUUUCCAUUCUACUGUUACCUUUUUCUAGAGACCCCUAAACACAGGCUGCUGGAGUAAGCAAUGUCAUUGUCUGAUUAGCUUGUUGUCAAGAAAUACAAAUUACAGCCAAUAGGUCUGCAAGAUGAUUUUUUAGAUCCUUUUUUUAAUUUUUUUUUUUUAACAAUGGUUUAGUAUAUUUAAAAAAAUGUGUGCAAUGGCCAAUUGAAAGAGACUACUGUAUAGCAAAUGAACAAACCAGUAUUUAAAAAUAUUAAUCAGGAAGUCGUGCCUGCUUACCUGACUGUAAAAGCUUAAAGUGAUCACUCCUUGCCUUUAAUGGUGUGGACAGGGCUAUAAAAAUAUAUGGUCUAUAAUAAAAUGUAAAAAUGCUGUAAAUAUUUGAAUAGAAUGUAGUGGUUUCAAUUUACUGCAUGCAUUUUUCAGGCCAAAAAAAAGAAAAUAUGUACUAUGGUCUUUUGUUCUGUUGUCUAUGGAAAACUCCCUGUAAAUUAAACUGGAUUCAUUUUUUAAUUUUUUUCUCUGCCCAUUUCCAGUGCACAUUAAAUGUGAUCAGGUUAAUGCAGCAUCAGAUGUAAACUGUUCAAAGUGGGAUUUAAAAAAAAUAUAUAUAUACAUGAAUUGCAAACAAACCCUAGGAUUACAUUUUAAUCAUGGUGUCUCUAUCAUUAGAGCAGUUUUUUAAAAAAUCACUGAAAACAAAAACGAUGAUAUCUGAACACAAUUACUUGUAUACAAUUCCACAAUUGUUAUCUGCAUCGCAAGUGUUGCUUGUUUUGUAACUUGAUGCUUUACAAAAGCUGCUAAAAAUAAAUCUAAUCUUAGUUAAGUGGCCAUCAGUACACUGUAAAUCAUUGUUUUAAAGACAAUGUACUGGUACUGAGGCUGCAAUGUUGUACCCAGCCCCACUCUAGCUUUGCCUUGUCCUUCCAAUGAAUUUUCCCCUAGCGGUCAUUUUCUCAUUGUCCAUAUCCCUUCAUGUGUAGAAAUAUUAUUUGCUCUGGCAUGGCUUACAGUAAUCCAUCAUAUACAUGUUGUGUCCUAGCAUAGCAAGACUAUACCUGACAGAAAAAAAUGAACACAGGUGCAAAGGGCCCCAGAGCAACAAACUAAUAAUACAGAGAAAGCAUCUGAACUGUCAAAUGACUGAUGCGAUGAAAGGAAAAUGCUCAGUUUCUGGGACAGGUGAAUAGUUACUUGCAUCACUAAAAGGUGUGUGCUUUUUUCUUUAUUGGUAUAUCUGCCAGUACAACAUCUUAAAUCCCAAAGCCUGGGAAAAGCAAGGCUUUUGUUUUCAUUGGCUUUAAUGGCAUGGAUGAGUUGGGUUGAUUCUUUAUGCCUUAUGUUUUACGAGGAACACAGUGUGGAAAUGAUCAUCCAAUUGGAACGUUGUAAAUUGGGAACUGUACAUGAUACACUAGUUUCCUCUCAAGCAGUGUGAAAGCAAGAUUAGUUCUAUUGUAUAAUUUGCAUAAUUUCUAACCGUUAUCUGAUGCAUAACCUAUAAACUAACUAACAAACCUCCUGUUUAAUUCCUAUCGGAUUUUAUGAAACGCACAUAACUUCAUGAUACAUUCGAUAUAUUUGUUUGGUCUUCUCACUAAACUCAUCCUCUUUUUUUUAUUUGAAGCACUUGGAAGAGGGCAAACAUUUUGUGAUUAUAAAGUAAUAUUUUUUUAAAACAGAAUUGUUCGUCAAACUAUACAUUAUAUACAAUGUCAUAUGUAAAGCCUGCAGUCCAAAAUAAUUAAGUGUACUAUUGCAUUUAUUUGAAGUUUUCUUUUUUCUUUUUUUUUAGCCAAUCAAAACCAUUGAUUUACUUUAUUUAGCUGUUAAUGACUUCUGUGCAUGGCCUGGGGGAGGGUUCAAGAUCCACCGAUAGUGAAGGAUGAAAUGACACAGUAAUAUCUAUGGCAUUGCUUGUUUUGUGUAAGAUAUUACUGUUUGCCACUUUCCAGCAUUCUGCCUGACAAUCUGGGGCAGUCUUCUGAGUGGGAAAAUAUAAAUGUGUGACCCUAAAGAAAUAUUUUUGUUCCGCAAUUGUGGGUUAGAAUAAUUGAUUAAUUGAUUCCAAUCUGGCUCACCUACCACAAGUAGCAUUCUCUCAGAAUAUGUGGGUUUAGCUGCAUCAGAUCCUGCAGUGCCAAAUCCAAUGGAAUUCUGAUACUAUUUACUGGCAUAUAUUGUCAUUGAACAAAAAAAAAAAAUGCCUUUGCAUUUCUAAAUUGAAUUCGCUUCAACUACUCAACUUGGAUCACAUGUAAAUAAUAAUUUACAGAUGUUCUAGGUCCAUCAAGUAUAAGACAUAUCUCACAAAAAUCUCUUGGGGGUAAUGUUUUCAGUAAUAACUGAAUGAUAUGUUUUGCUCUUGAGUUGUCGACAAAGAAGAAACUGAUUAAUGAUUGUUCAGUUCUUCAAUAUAUACUGUAUGUACUUCAAAACCUUUUCACAAGGAAUUGCACUCAACUGUGGAAUUUUACAAUAAAAUUGUCGCAUUAAACAAUA